UAUGGGUUAGCAGGAGAAUGGGCUUGCAUGGCUUUUGUGUGUCCUUAUGCUCAGAUUCAAGAUUCCCACACAAAGACUGCAUGGGAUGGCUGUGAAGUGCUGGUAGCCUUAGUUACAGGGUUUCUUUGUGUUUGUCCUAGACUGCCUUUUCAAGGUGUGCCCUAUGAAUCGUUAUUCUGCCCAGAAGCAGUAUUGGAAAGCCAAACAAGCCAAACAAGGGAACCACACAGAGGCCGCCUUGCUGAAGAAGCUGCAGCAUGCUGCAGAACUGGAGCAGAAACAAAAUGAAUCAGAGAAUAAGAAGCUGUUGGGGGAAAUUGUGAAAUACAGUAAUGUUAUACAACUGCUGCAUAUAAAAAGCAACAAAUACCUUACUGUAAACAAGAGGUUGCCUGCUUUACUGGAGAAGAAUGCCAUGCGUGUGUCUUUGGAUGCUGCAGGAAAUGAAGGGUCUUGGUUUUAUAUUCAUCCCUUCUGGAAGCUGAGAAGUGAGGGUGACAAUAUUGUCGUGGGAGAUAAAGUGGUUCUGAUGCCUGUGAAUGCAGGGCAGCCUCUCCAUGCCAGCAACAUAGAGCUCCUGGACAACCCAGGCUGUAAGGAGGUGAAUGCUGUUAAUUGCAACACUAGCUGGAAAAUCACUUUGUUCAUGAAAUUUAGUUCCUAUCGAGAGGAUGUAUUGAAAGGAGGUGAUGUUGUUAGACUGUUUCAUGCAGAACAAGAGAAGUUUCUGACUUGUGACGAAUAUGAGAAAAAACAGCACAUCUUCCUUCGUACAACCCUGCGUCAGUCAGCAACGUCUGCUACCAGCUCUAAGGCUCUCUGGGAAGUAGAGGUGGUUCAUCAUGACCCAUGCCGUGGGGGUGCAGGACAAUGGAACAGCUUGUUCAGAUUUAAGCAUCUUGCAACUGGGAACUAUCUAGCUGCAGAGCUUAAUCCUGAUUAUCGAGAUGCCCAAAAUGAAGGAAAAAAUGUGAGAGAUGGAGACCUUCCAACAUCAAGGAAGCGAAGGCAGGCUGGGGAGAAGAUCAUGUUCACUCUGGUCUCUGUCCCACAUGGAAACGACAUUGCCACCCUUUUUGAGCUGGAUGCCACCACUCUUCAGAGAGCUGACUGCCUGGUACCAAGGAACUCCUAUGUUCGGUUAAGGCAUUUAUGCACCAACACGUGGGUAACCAGCACUAGCAUUCCUAUAGACACAGAUGAAGAGAGGCCUGUUAUGUUAAAGAUUGGAACCUGCCAAACUAAAGAAGACAAGGAAGCAUUUGCCAUUGUGUCUGUCCCACUGUCUGAGGUCCGAGACUUAGACUUCGCCAACGAUGCAAACAAAGUGCUAGCGACCACAGUUAAAAAGCUGGAAAAUGGCUCGAUAACUCAGAAUGAAAGGAGGUUUGUAACAAAAUUGUUGGAAGACCUCAUCUUCUUUGUUGCUGAUGUGCCUAAUAAUGGUCAAGAGGUUCUGGAUGUGGUUGUCACCAGGCCCAACAGGGAGCGCCAGAAACUAAUGAGGGAACAGAACAUAUUGGCACAGGUAUUUGGCAUUCUGAAAGCACCCUUCAAGGAGAAAGCUGGAGAAGGCUCAAUGCUGAGGCUCGAAGACCUGGGGGACCAGCGCUAUGCACCCUAUAAGUACAUGCUGCGGCUGUGCUACCGUGUCCUGCGGCACUCUCAGCAGGACUACCGCAAAAACCAGGAGUACAUCGCUAAGAAUUUCUGUAUUAUGCAGUCCCAGAUUGGGUAUGAUAUCUUGGCAGAAGACACCAUCACAGCUUUGUUGCACAAUAACAGAAAACUCCUAGAGAAACACAUCACAGCAAAGGAAAUAGAGACGUUUGUCAGCCUGCUCAGGAGAAAUCGGGAGCCAAGGUUUUUGGAUUAUUUGUCAGAUCUGUGCGUGUCUAACACCACUGCUAUCCCAGUCACACAAGAACUCAUCUGUAAAUUUAUGUUGAGUCCUGGCAAUGCUGACAUUCUCAUUCAAACCAAGCUGGUCUCAAUGCAAGUGGACAACCCCAUGGAGAGUGUCAUCCUUUCUGAUGACAUUGACGAUGAGGAAGUUUGGCUCUACUGGAUUGACAGCAACAAGGAACCUCACGGCAAAGCCAUCAGGCACCUAGCUCAGGAAGCAAAGGAAGGCACCAAAGCUGACUUAGAAGUUCUUACCUAUUACAGGUACCAGCUAAACCUCUUUGCAAGAAUGUGCUUGGAUCGGCAGUAUCUGGCCAUCAACCAGAUUUCUACCCAGCUGUCUGUGGAUCUGAUCCUGCGGUGUGUGUCUGACGAGAGCCUGCCCUUUGACCUCAGGGCGUCCUUUUGUCGCCUUAUGCUCCACAUGCAUGUUGACCGUGAUCCCCAGGAGUCGGUGGUUCCUGUUCGCUAUGCUCGGCUCUGGACGGAAAUCCCCACAAAGAUCACCAUUCAUGAAUACGAUUCUAUCACAGACUCUUCCCGAAAUGAUAUGAAGAGGAAGUUUGCACUGACGAUGGAAUUCGUUGAGGAGUACUUGAAAGAAGUUGUCAAUCAGCCCUUUCCUUUUGGGGACAAAGAAAAAAAUAAACUCACAUUUGAGGUGGUUCACCUGGCUCGGAAUCUUAUUUACUUUGGAUUUUACAGUUUCAGUGAGUUAUUAAGGCUGACAAGAACUCUUCUGGCCAUCCUAGAUAUUGUCCAGGUCCCCAUGUCAUCAUAUUUUGAGAGAUUAAGCAAAUUUCAGGAAGGAGGAAACAACGUCAUGAGGACCAUCCAUGGGGUGGGGGAGAUGAUGACGCAGAUGGUGCUGAGCAGAGGCUCUGUCUUCCCCGUGAGUGUGCCUGAUGCGCAGCCCAGCAUCCACCCCAGCAAGACCGCCAGCCCCACCGAGCACGAAGACGUGACCGUGAUGGACACCAAACUGAAGAUCAUCGAGAUUCUGCAGUUCAUCCUGAGUGUCAGACUGGACUAUAGGAUCUCGUAUAUGUUGUCGAUAUACAAGAAGGAGUUUGGAGAGGAUAGUGCUGACACAUCUGUCAACGGCUCUCCAGAUUCUUUGCUACCAUCAGCCAUUGUUCCUGACAUAGAUGAAAUCGCAGCUCAAGCAGAAACCAUGUUUGCGGGAAGAAAGGAAAAAAACCCAGUCCAGCUGGAUGAUGAAGGAGGCAGGACCUUCCUGCGAGUCCUCAUUCACUUAAUCAUGCAUGACUACGCCCCUCUGCUGUCGGGAGCCCUGCAGCUCCUGUUCAAACACUUCAGUCAGAGAGCCGAGGUUUUACAAGCAUUUAAACAGGUGCAGUUACUGGUGUCCAAUCAAGACGUAGACAAUUACAAGCAAAUCAAGGCGGAUCUAGACCAGCUCCGACUAACUGUCGAAAAAUCCGAGUUGUGGGUGGAGAAAAGCAGCAGCUAUGAGAAUGGAGAGAUGGGUGAAAGCCAGGUGAAAGGUGGUGAUGAGCCAAGUGAGGAAUCAAACAUGUUAAGUCCAGUGCAAGAUGGAGCAAAGACACCACAGAUUGACAGCAAUAAAAGCAAUAACUACCGGAUUGUAAAGGAGAUUUUGAUUAGGCUAAGUAAACUCUGUGUGCAGAAUAAAAAGUGUCGGAACCAACAUCAGCGCCUGCUGAAGAACAUGGGGGCUCAUUCGGUGGUUCUGGAUCUUCUGCAGAUACCCUACGAGAAGAAUGAUGAGAAAAUGAAUGAAGUGAUGAAUCUAGCCCACACGUUCCUGCAGAAUUUCUGUCGGGGAAAUCCACAGAAUCAAGUUCUUCUUCAUAAACAUCUGAAUUUGUUUUUAACUCCUGGUCUCCUUGAGGCAGAGACCAUGCGGCAUAUCUUCAUGAACAACUUCCACCUGUGCAAUGAGAUCAGCGACAGGGUUGUGCAGCACUUCGUGCACUGCAUCGAGACACAUGGCCGCCACGUGCAGUACCUGCGGUUUUUGCAAACAAUCGUAAAAGCAGAUGGCAAAUACGUCAAGAAAUGCCAGGAUAUGGUCAUGACAGAGUUGAUAAAUGGGGGUGAAGACGUGCUGAUAUUUUACAAUGACAGAGCAUCAUUUCCAAUCCUUCUCCAUAUGAUGUGUUCAGAGAGAGCCCGAGGGGAUGAGUGUGGCCCCUUGGCCUACCACAUAACCCUCGUGGAGUUGCUGGCUGCAUGCACAGAGGGCAAAAAUGUCUACACUGAAAUCAAAUGUAAUUCCCUUCUGCCCCUGGACGACAUCGUGAGGGUGGUGACCCACGAUGACUGCAUUCCUGAGGUGAAGAUUGCUUACGUGAACUUUGUUAAUCACUGCUACGUUGACACAGAGGUAGAGAUGAAGGAAAUCUACACAAGUCAUCACAUUUGGAAGCUGUUUGAAAGCUUCUUGGUGGAUAUGGCAAGGGUUUGCAACACUACUACAGACAGGAAACACGCAGACAUCUUCCUGGAGAAGUGUGUCACUGAGUCAGUCAUGAACAUUGUGAGCGGCUUCUUCAACUCACCCUUUUCAGACAACAGUACCAGUCUCCAGACACAUCAGCCAGUUUUCAUCCAGCUGCUGCAGUCUGCCUUCAGAAUUUACAACUGCACCUGGCCGAACCCCGCACAGAAGGCCUCAGUGGAGUCUUGUAUCAGAACCUUGGCAGAAGUGGCAAAAAAUCGUGGAAUUGCCAUUCCAGUGGAUUUGGAUAGCCAAGUCAAUACCCUUUUCAUGAAGAGCCAUUCGAAUAUGGUGCAGAGGGCUGCCAUGGGUUGGAGACUCUCGGCUCGCUCUGGACCUCGAUUUAAGGAAGCUCUUGGAGGGCCUGCUUGGGAUUAUAGAAAUAUUAUUGAAAAGUUACAGGAUGUCGUGGCCUCUUUGGAGCAGCAGUUCAGCCCGAUGAUGCAAGCUGAGUUCUCAGUGCUGGUUGAUGUAUUGUACAGUCCGGAACUGCUGUUCCCCGAGGGAAGCGACGCGAGAAUAAGAUGUGGUGCUUUCAUGUCCAAGUUGAUUAAUCAUACAAAGAAACUAAUGGAGAAAGAAGAAAAACUGUGCAUUAAAAUUCUUCAGACCUUACGAGAAAUGCUAGAGAAGAAAGACAGCUUUGUGGAAGAGGUAUUUUUUAACUUCUAGUAUUUGAAAAUAGAGAUAAAACUCGUAUUUGGAAAUAAGAUUUCCAGAAUGCUGUGACGGUGUAUUGCCAUAGGCUAUUAUACGAUCACUUGCAUCAUACAUUAAUGGUGCAUGUGCUUAAAUGAGUCAGAUAAUUUGAGUUUUGUGGUAUUCAUCUGUCAAGUCUUAUACAUGCUAGAUAAGUGCUGUACUACUGACACAUUCC